ACUAGUUACACAGUAAAAACAAUGAGCUGGAAUGCACGAAAUAAAAUCUACCUCAGUACCGACAUUUUUACUUCUUUGCCACGUGGGACACUUUCCCCGAGUGCAACCUUCACCAAAAACAUCGCCUACAAAACGAUCUUGAUAUAUAAAAAACGGGAUCGCGUUCGGCUUUUCCAUAUCUGAUAUUCACCGUAAUCAUCUCUUCUUAUCUUCUUGUUCCAGAGAACAACAUGGAUAGUUUUAUGAUCACUGGGUUAUUGAAACGCAUCGCCGGAGACUUCCCUCACAGAAUAGCAGUCUCAGUUUCGGGCAAGUUUGAUUUGACGCACUCUCGCCUUCAUGAACUGGUUGAAAAAGCCGCUUCUCGUCUGGUUGCUGCGGGUAUUAAGCCAGGAGAUGUUGUUGCGCUAACUUUCCCUAAUACUAUCGAGUUUGUAAUUAUGUUUUUGGCCGUAAUCCGAGCCCGAGCUACGGCGGCACCACUUAAUUCCGUCUACACCAUGGAGGAAUUUGAGUUCUACCUGUCGGACUCAGAGUCAAAGCUCUUACUGACCCUACAGGAAGGGAACAGCUCCGCUCAAGCUGCGGCUUCCAAGCUCAACAUUCGUCAUGCCACAGUUGCACUGCCCGGAGCCGAUUCUGGAUUGGUACUCUCACUUCCGGACCCGAAGUCAGACGUUAUGUCUCUCGCUCAGCUUGCCAACGAGCCAUCCGACGUCGCACUCUUCCUUCACACCUCCGGCACUACCAGCAGACCCAAAGGGGUGCCAUUGACACAACUCAAUUUGGCGUCUUCUGUGCGAAACAUAAAGGCAGUAUAUAAACUCAUCGAAUCAGACUCCACCGUCAUAGUCCUUCCCUUGUUUCACGUUCAUGGAUUGGUGGCCGGAUUAUUGAGUUCUCUUGGAGCCGGAGCCGCCGUAGCUCUCCCAGCCGCUGGCCGAUUCUCAGCAUCAACGUUUUGGAAAGACAUGCUCAAAUACAAGGCUACGUGGUACACGGCAGUCCCCACCAUCCAUCAAAUUAUACUGGAUCGACACUUUAGCAAUCCAGAAUCUGUUUACCCUAAGCUCAGGUUCAUCCGGAGCUGUAGCGCGUCCCUCGCUCCGUCUAUAUUGGCUAGGUUAGAGGAGACUUUUGGUGCGCCGGUGUUGGAGGCAUAUGCAAUGACCGAGGCAACCCAUUUAAUGUCAUCGAACCCGUUACCGGAAGAUGGCCCGCAUAAGCCCGGGUCGGUGGGGAAACCCGUCGGUCAAGAAAUGGCGAUAUUGGAUGAAAAUGGCGUGGCUCAAGAGGCAAAUGCAACUGGAGAGGUUUGCAUAAGGGGUCCAAACGUCACUAAGGGGUACAAGAAUAACCCUGAGGCCAACAAGGUGGCAUUUCAAUUCGGGUGGUUUCAUACUGGAGAUGUGGGUUAUCUUGAUUCGGAUGGUUACUUGCAUCUGGUCGGUAGGAUUAAGGAGCUUAUUAACCGUGGAGGGGAAAAAAUAUCACCAAUUGAAGUGGAUGCAGUUCUUCUAUCUCAUCCAAACAUCACUCAGGCGGUUGCUUUUGGAGUUCCCGAUGACAAAUACGGUGAAGAGAUAAAUUGUGCAAUAAUUCCUAGAGAGGGAUCAAACAUUGACGAGGCAGAGGUGCUGAGGUAUUGCAAGAAAAAUCUGGCAGCUUUCAAGGUCCCCAAGAAGGUUUUCAUCACGGACUCUCUACCGAAGACAGCCAGUGGAAAAAUCCAACGACGAAUUGUAGCCGAGCAUUUCCUUGCUCAAAUUUCAACUGCUAAAGUCCCCAAGUUUGGAGCUUAAAGCCAACUGCGAUUCAUCUGCUCUUAUAAUUAAAAGGUGUGACAAAAAUCCAAAUAUUUUCAGGCGAAAGCAUUAUAUAUAGCAGAUAUGAGUUUUAAUUGGUACGGAAAGGAAAUUGACGUUUCCUUCUUGGUCUGUGUAGUCUAAUGAUUUAUGUACAAUAUCUUUUUAUUUAUCAUUUCAAAAUAAGAAAAUGAAUAUAGAUUAAGCAUAAAAGAAUGAGAAAGGAUCUUUGAAGGGGCAAACUCUGAUAUGCAAUCCGAAUAACUGAAAGAUGAAUCACAGUUUUAUUGGUGGAAUUACUCUGAUGGUAAAGUUCAUUCUCAAAUUUAUGAAUGAUAAUAAUGCAGAAUUUUAGAGGA